CACCACGUGAACCGGAUGUUGUCUGAAUGUCAAAGAUGGCGCUCCACAUGUCACGCUGAGGAGGAGAUGGCUUUGAGCGGAAUAAGUCGCAGUGUGCGGCUGUUGUCAGGUCAAAUUCAACGGUGUCGUCCUGUUGUGGCUACAAACCAGACAGCUCGGUGUCUGAAUCAGGCAGCCUCUCAGCCGGAGCCCAGCGCUGAGGACAAUGAAGCCGUGAACCCGACCUUUAUAAACAGAAACCCCCGGAACCUGGAGCAGAUGGCUCUGGCUGUGAAGGACCGGGGCUGGAAGACGACCUGGCCCCACCGGGAGUUCUACCACAGGUUGGAGUUUUCUCGCACCCAGCACCAUGUGACUGCACAGGUGUUCUCCAGCAGCUCUCCUGUCCCGGUGGUUUCCUGUUCAACCAAGGAGUGGGCUGUAAAGAAGGAGCUGGCUUCCACAAGCUGUGUGGCGGCGUGUCAGGCCGUGGGCGAGGUGCUGGCACAUCGAUGCCAGCAGGCUGGAAUCACUAGGAUGGUGUACAGGGCGAUCCCUUGGACGUACCGCUCCGAUGCUGUUCAGUCUUUCAGAGCAGCAAUGAAAGAGGGAGGAAUCACCCUCAGUGAGCCCAGAAGGAAAUACGUCAGUACCUGAAUUUAGGUGUCAUCUGUUUUGUAAAAAUGUCCUCUGUAUCCCUUACUCUCUGCUCUUUUGAGAACUCUUACUAUACUGAUAUGAAGAUCUCCAGACAAUAUAAAGAGAAACAAACUGAGUGAACGUAAGGUUGCUUGACCCUGUGCUUUGUCUCUUGUGGAUAAAAUGUUUCUGAACAGAAGCAAUCCAGUUUAUUAUUUAAUAAAGAAACAAAGCGGUU